AUGCCAGCUGGUGGCCCAACAUAUCUUCGUAAUACUGCUGAUGAUAAUGAUCAGCAGCAUCAUAUGCGUUUUUUAGAUUACAAAAAACCAUCAUCACCUGCUAUUCCGGAUAAUAUUGAAUAUAAAUUACAUGUAACCGGAUUACGAAAAAAACGACUAUGGAUUUUAUUGUUAGUCUUAGUGGUGCUAACAAUUAUUACACUCAUCUUAUUGGCUCUGAAUAUCUUCAUAAUUCAUUUAUUGGGUAUCUCAACCAGAGGUAUGAAAUAUUUACAAUUCCAUAGACGAUAUCAUCCGGAAACCGAUGAAGAAGAUGUUAUUUUAAAAUUCUCAGCUAAUGAAAUUCAUUUUGAUAAAGUGAUCGCAAAAAGUGGUGUUGUUUAUGGGAGUGCAGGAAAAGAUUUAACAAUUGUUGGUUCACGGGUAAUAAUUAGCGGUAGUAAAUCAACACAAAGUCGUUUGGUAUUACAGGAUGGAAUUUGUCGCUUUGAAAAUAGCAAUCAAUUUAUCAUAAAAAAUGCUCUUCGACCAUACUUCAGUAUUCAAUAUCCGUUGUUUCGUGUGGAUAAAAAGAUUAAGAAGAUAUCUACGUCGCAAAUUAUAACAGAUAAAAUACGUUCACCGAUCAAUGAUAAUUUAUACGUGAAUGUGAUGAAUUUAGGAUUACGUGGUAAUGAGGGAGUACAUUUGGAAGGAAGACGAAUGAAUUUUACUGCUGCAAAUGAUAUUUCAUUUGCAACAACGGCUGAUGGUUCCAUAAAGUUUUCGAUCCGGAAAAUCUAUUUGGGAAAUAGCUUGAAGACGUUAGCGCUCAGUUCAUCUCCUUCAUUAACUGCUUCGAUAGAUGCUUUACGAGUUUGUGUUUGUAUGUCAUCAAAGCCUAAACUAUUUACGGUAGCUGGUAAUAAGCCAUGUUUAGCACCACAAGGAUUUUGUAAGUAA